AUGAUCAUGAAGUUGAAGCUGAUUGACAUAGGUAAGUGGUGGGGACGGACGGAUAUCCAGCCAGUAAUUGCUUUGCAUGGAUAUGAGGAUAAUGCUGGGACUUUUGAUCCUUUAGUUCCUCAUUUAAAUGUGGAUGGACUUUUGGCUAUUGACUUUCCUGGACAUGGACAUUCAUCCCAUUUCCCAGUUGGAAAAUUUUAUCAGUUUGUGGAUGCUGUGUUAACACUACGUUUGAUUACAAGGCAUUUCAAGUGGAAUAAGGUAUCACUCAUUGGACACUCUUUUGGCAGUGCGACAAGUUUAGCGUAUGCUGCAACAUAUCCUGAAGAAGUAGACAAAUAUGUUAGCAUUGAAUGUGCCAGGACAAUGUUGGCUGUGAGGCCAGUAGUUGAUGUUAAAGCUUAUCAGUUUGCUGACUGGAUCAUAUCUGUCGAAGACAAAAUGGAAAAAAAUAAGCCCCCAAGUUACACUUACGAGGAAAUACUGAAACGUCUUUAUGAAGGUAGUGAAAAAUCACCAACAAUAGACUCGUGUAAAAUAUUGCUUCGGAGGGGAGCAGUUCGUGUGCCUCAUGGUGAUGAAGACAGGUAUUACUUCUCACGGGACCCACGGCUGAGGAUCCAUGUCUGGGGCCGUCUCUCAUUUGAUGCUAUUGUUAGCUUAGCUCAGAAUGUGAAAUGCUCCAACCUUAGCAUAAGAGGUAAUCAAGGUUCUAUUGUUGGUAUACAUGAGGAAGUGUACAUGAAGACUGUAGAGAUGAUGAAGAAGAAUGGCAGCAGAGUGGAUCAUUAUAAUGUGGAUGGCACUCAUCAUCUGCAUCUAAAUAAUCCAGAGAGGAUAUCACAUCUCAUUAACAAGUUCCUGUUAUCAUGA